CACAUGCACACGUAUAAAAGCAGACGUUUUCAAUGAGUUACUAACAGUGCUAAAAAGUGAUAAUGAACGCACUUCAUUACUUUUUACUAUUUUUAACGACGACACAAGCUUUUCACCACUUGAUUCCACCAGACAAAGAAACCAUCUAUUCGUGGAGCGCAGACAUUGAGGCCGGUACUCACCUUCCAGUACCAUAUGCCUCCCAGUACGCACUUCAAGGUAAAAUUCACCUUCAACCCCAUAAUAACUCAGUUUUCGUGAAACUGACCGAUUUGACUCAUCGUCUGUACAAUGGAAUCGUCGAUCAUCGUCACGAAUACGAAGCCAAAAAUAUAUCACUACCUCAGGAGGUUGACGAUCUGGAAAAUGUGUUCAGAAUCACGUACAGUGACGACGGGUUAGUGGAAGGAAUCGCGACCCAAGUCAAAGAGAAAGAAUUUUCACGCAAUAUCAAGAAAGCAAUUGCCGCUAUUCUUCAGUUAAAUAGUACUAUCAUUGGGAAAGAGUACCAUCGACCGGAAUCGUUUGUGGCGAAGGAGAAUUCGAUCUAUGGACACGGUAGUGACGUGUAUAGUGUUUAUCCACAAGACCAAGACAGACUGGAAGUACACAAGUUACACAAUAUGGUUGAUCAAGAAAAUAUUUACUCUCACUUUGUGACCACCACACAAGGACUGUCGUGUGAUGCGUCAAAAGGAAAAACCGUUGUGCACGGUAGUCAAAAAAACUAUGUUCUUGAUAAAGAAGAAGGUUCUUAUGUUGUUAAGACUAUUACUGUGGUAGGAUCUAUUGUCUACUAUCCGUUUAAAGCACGAUCUGACGCUCAAUUGAUUUCGAUAAACCAGAAUUUUGAUUUAGCUGAAGUGAUACCGAUAAAGGAAAAUUACCACCUCGACGAAGAAUAUUUUGAUAAAAGUUUGAAGUACGUUCCGUUUGACAGAAAAGAACAGCCGAUUUUGGAUGAAACGAACGGUCGACGAAGCAUCGACUACGAUAAACUCUUGUCUAUGUUAAAAAAUAUGCUAGACGAUAUCCCCCAAUAUAUGCGCGAAGAUCACAUUAACACCCAAGAACCAGACCAAAAACGUGGUCAAUUAGUCAAUCGUGUUCAACAAAUUUUACUCAAGUUUAGUGUCCAGAAAUUAGAAGAGCUGCAGACGUUGUUGUCAGACGAAGCUCUAAAUACCUUCUACCACAUUCUCCCUUUAAUAGGCACCGAAGCUUCAACCCUCUACAUUAAAUCGUUGAUAGUUACCAAAACAAUACCCGAAGAUUUAGCGAUCGACUUGUUGCAGAAGAUCGCAGCACACAUCCAACCUUCAGUCAAUUUAGUCCAGAAACUCGAAGACCUGAUCCAUUUGGAUUCAACGUUCAGCUGGGAUUUACGAAAAGUCGCCAUCUUGAAUUUCGGCAACAUAAUUUACAAAUCGUACGUCCAUCAACUCGAGUCAAAGUCAGACGAUCCUUGCCAACCUUACGAAAAAUAUGUGGACCACUAUUUUUGGAAUUUACGAAACUCGACAUCGUUCAUUGAACAAAUAACUUAUCUUUUGGGUGUUGGUAAUAUGAAACUACCCAAUGUUGCUCGUCGUCUAGUUCCGACGUUCAAUGGUGAGUGGUGGUCUAACCAACACUUGCGAUAUCUGGCGGUCUGUGCUGCCGCACCACCUAUUUUUUUCAACUUUGGUCCUGAUACGACAAUAGAGACGUUGUGGCCUAUUUUUACUAAUCGUGACGAAAACGUGGCCCUAAGGGCAAUAUCGUACUAUUACAUUAUGUCUUCUAGACCGAAUAUGUCGAUGCUAAGGAACAUCUUCACGUAUAUGUUGACUGAACCCGAUGAAGAAUUGUACCGACUUCAUUACACCCUCUCGCAGACUUUGAUGCAGUCCACCGAUCCUUGUCAUCAAGAUUCUAGAUUGAGGUUAGCGCAACUCAUGAAGUUUACUCCACCACCUCGUCGUGGCGUCUCAGAAAUUAGUUUCUUCGGGUACCAAGAUGAAGAGUUUGGAUUCAGUGCCGGUGUGCAAAAGUACUACUUGAAGUCGAAGGGGUUCCGCAUUUAUGCCUAUUACGCCACUUCCCAGUUGUUCUAUAACUAUGAAGAAGAUUGGGCCGUGUACUGGAAGAUUUAUGAUGGAAGAGAUACAGACCCGGGUCUUAUGCGGUCCCUCGCUGAUAUAAUGACAAAGAGUGAACUAGACAAUUUUGAUUUUCACAUAGACGCAGUGAUUGUUAGACGUGGCCAGAUUAUCAACACGUUCGCGUUCGAUAAAAAUAAUGUGCAAAAAAUGGUCACUACUUUGCAGUACUUUGUCGUACUCCUGCAAAGUUUUGAAAAAAAUCUCUUAUAUAUAAAUCACGAAAGGUAUAACUCUUAUUUGAUACCGACGGAUCUGGGUAUUCCGGCGUUUUGGGAGUACCUGAUGCCUGAGGUACACCACAAUAAGUUCAAUGUAGAGUUUUCAAAAUUCGACAAGAACGAUAUUAAUCUUCAUAUUAGCAAUGAAUAUAGUGCUUGGAUUCACUACAGACAUGGUCUGAGUUUCUACAACCCCAUUGCUGAUGUACACCAAGGAAUAAACAAGUAUCAUGCCUACGAUGCUCUUGUUCCUCUUCAUUUUACUGUAAAAAUGCAUUUCGAAGACAAAAAAUUACAAGUGAAUUGGGAAAAAUCCGAAAACCCAGUCAGGAACAUCAUCGGAUUUAGAGCCCACGUGACACAGUUCGUUUUUGCUAGAGAUUCCGACGACUACGACAAAAAAGUCUUGAGUGAGUUCCUUCCAGAAGGAGACAAUUUCCAAACUGUGGGUCAUAACAAAGAGUUUAGACAUGAUUACCUUCUUCUCGACGAAGACAAUCUAGACACAGGCUACAGAUGGUACUUAAUUAACUACGAUAGCGACAUUCAUGCCCCGUUUGGUGUCUUCAAAAACCGACUGAUGACGUUCGCCGAUCCGUCAUCUAAAUACUUUCAUUCGCCUUCACAACACUGGGUUUUGGCAUGGCUACAUUUCCAUCGCGAUAUGGUACUACUUCCAAGACCUGGAAUCUACGGUUUUGUAGCUCGAUUGGAACCCAGUAGCAAAUUCAAUGUUACGAAUAUUGAUUUCACUUGGUCGAUGGACUUAGACGUUCUUAGUAAUAGUUCAUUCGUUCCUGGAUUCGAGUCGCGUUCGCACGUGGAGUACGAAGUCAGAAAUCACGAGGAAAUUUUAAAAAGUUGGGAAUUACGGGUUUGGCUUAAGUUUUCUUCAGGUCAUAAUUAUGGUGACUUGCAAAUGCAGCUAAGCCGGGUUCUUCCCAAGCAAAAGCGGUACCAGAUAUGUAUACAGGGGCAUAAAAAUUGGACAUUGAAUGAAGUAGAGGGACAUUGGAGUGUGAGCGUGGGAGAAAGCAACGACCAGGAGUGCAGUAAUGACACUCUGAUCGAUAUUACUUCUAUCGGUGAACGUUCCUAUGAACAAAAAGAUGGCAGACAUAAGCAUUCAAGUUGUCAGCAUGUUGCAGCAUACUCUGACGACAAUCAACGCAGCAUGAAGUGUUUGUUCAGUCUUAGUACCCUGAGACAUUAUACUUAUGAAAUAACCGGUACUAAAGUAUCGUCGACUUUGAAACAGAUUUUUACAAAUCUGGGGACGGAUUUAAGAAGUCUUUUUCACUCUUAUUAUACUUAUAAGAUUGAACCUAUUGAAAAUAUCACCAAAGACUCCUUCAAAGUAGAUGUCACGUUUCCGUUAGCGGCACAUGAAGUUAAUGUUGGAGUAGCGACAACUGAACAAACGUACGAGUUUUCAGGAGUACCACUAAAGUACUGGGACUGGUUUAAAGUCGCACCUGAAUCUACAACAUACUCUUUAUUUUUUCUAGAAAAGUACGAAAACGGUGAGAUUAAUCAUUGCAUCGUCCAUUCCGAUUACCGUUAUUUCAAUAAAAAGUACAUAUCGGAAAUAGUACCAAAUGAAUGGACCUUGUAUGUUGCUAAUAAUUUACACUCUGUAUAUUUAAAGCGAAUUGAUAACAACAUAGGUGUAAAAAUAACUCAUGGCGACCACGUGUUUGAAGUACUGCCAGAAGGUGAAGCCAAUGAAUAUUACCUCAAAUUAGAUGAUACUAUUGUUUUGUUAAAAGAGUAUCAAGAAGACUGGGUACACUAUCGUAUAUUGACUGAAGACAUUAACAAACCUGUCGUCAUUUUCCUGCAACAAAGUGGGAUUAUUCUAGAAUAUGAUGUUAAAUGUGUGAUAUUUAGAGUUGCUGAAAUAGGUACUUGGAGUGGUCAGUGUUAUAAUACAAAUAUAUGA